AUGUCCUACUCUUCUUCUGCCAUGUCAUACUCCUUCAUCCAUACCGCGUCUUCAACCCCAUCCUUCAACCUCUUUAUCCCAUCCUCGGCCUCGGCCUCGCGUGAAAUGCACGAGACCUACACAGAGUUUGGGCUCGUCCUCCGCCCUUCGAACAAGCAGAGACAGACUACCUCAUCCAACGGAUCAAUCAAGUCCUCCAAGUCGUCCGUAUCUUCGCCCUCUACCAGGUCCAAGCCGUCGUCUCUCAAGAAGUGGUUUGGUGACCAUAUCUCCUCUGCCCUACUAGCUGUUAAGACACCCAAAAUUUCGUCCACGUCGUGCGACGCCAAAUUGGGAAAUUCCUUGCAGCUCCGCAUGCCCACCAAGGGCGAGCAGAAAAAGAGGCAUCAUUCCUUAUAG